AUGGCCAACAAAGGUCCUUCCUAUGGCAUGAGCCGUGAAGUGCAAUCCAAAAUUGAGAAGAAGUACGAUGAGGAGCUGGAGGAGAGGCUAGUGGAGUGGAUCAUAAUGCAGUGUGGCCCUGAUGUGGGUCGCCCAGACCGUGGGCGCCUGGGCUUCCAGGUCUGGCUGAAGAAUGGUGUGAUUCUGAGCAAGCUGGUGAACAGCCUCUAUCCAGAUGGCUCCAAGCCAGUUAAGGUGCCUGAGAACCCACCCUCCAUGGUCUUCAAGCAGAUGGAGCAGGUGGCUCAGUUCCUGAAAGCAGCUGAGGACUAUGGGGUCAUCAAGACUGACAUGUUCCAGACUGUUGACCUCUUUGAAGGUAAGGACAUGGCAGCAGUGCAGAGGACCCUCAUGGCUUUGGGCAGCUUGGCAGUGACCAAGAAUGAUGGACACUACCGUGGAGACCCCAACUGGUUUAUGAAGAAAGCCCAGGAACAUAAGAGGGAAUUCACAGAGAGCCAACUGCAGGAGGGCAAGCAUGUCAUUGGUCUACAGAUGGGCAGCAACAGAGGGGCCUCCCAGGCUGGCAUGACAGGCUACGGACGACCUCGGCAGAUCAUCAGUUAGAGGGUGGAGGGCCAGCCCUGACUCCUGCCCUUCCCCAGCUCAUUGGCAGCCGCCAUCCCGCCUAGCCUGCCUCACCCACACCUGUGUAGCUCCUGCAGCCUUGGCCAAGCUUUGAGGCUCUGUCACUGAGCAAAGGUGACUACACAUGGGCAGCUCUCCCCCACCCCUCAGCCUCAGCCCAACUCCUUACCCCAUAGCACCACUGCCCUGGCCAGCCCCUCUCCCAGCUCCCCCCCCCCACCACCACCUCCCACCACCUCUGCCAUCUCUUCCCAUCCUGGGCUAAGCAGGGGGGACAUGGGCUGGGGGUAGCCUGGGUGUGGGCCAAGUCCACUGUCCUCCUUGGCAACAAAUGCCCAUUAAAGGAGACCCAGCCCAACCUCCCUCUCCCCAUUUUUUUGCUGGAAUAUUUUUGGGGUUGAAAUUCAAAAAGGGAAAAAAAUAUACAUCAAUCUUUUCUCA